AUGUCCACCACUCUCUCGCUCCUCCUCCUUCUCAUCAUCAACGCCCUCAUCACCCCAACCCAAGCAACACCACCACCGCUACCACCUCGUCCACCCUCCCCACCCUCCCCACCAACCCUGAACCUCACCACCACCACCUUCCACAACCCACAGGGCCCGCCCAACAGCAUCCUGAUCGACACCUUCCAGCACCAAGACAUCAAUGCUCUAGGCCACUGGCACGGGGCCCUCGAGGGACUCACCGUGCACCACGGCAACGGGUUCGUGCGGCUGUUUCCCUCGGACCCGGACCACAGCUACCACACGCAGCUGUCGGCGUCGUCGUGCUACGACCUGCGGAGCCAGCAGCCCACGCACGCGCUGCACGUCGUCUUCGGCGGGACGACCAAGUUCUCGAUCUUCGUGAACCAGCACAACGCGGCGUGCGACUUCACGCGCAACCCGUUCCCGCAGACGUCCGACGUGGUGGAGGCGGCGCGCUACGCCCGGGGCAACGACAUCUACAUCCCGCUGGCGCACUUCCACAUCGACCAGAGCCGGGCGGUGUCGGUCAGCUUCGGCGGCUUCUGGUCGCUCGAGAGUCUGACCCUGUACCGCGUCGAGAUCGUCCCCGCCAUCCCCGUCGGGUUCCCCGUCCCCCACCGCGUGAACAACGGCCGGCUGAUGCUGACGUGCUCGCGGCCGGACUCGUUCGCCUUCGGCAUCGACGACGGCCAGCCCCGCUUCGCGCAGGAGGUCAUGCGCAUCCUCGAGGAGGAGCGCGUGCUGGUCACCUUCUUCGUGGUCGGCCUGGGCCUGCGCGACCGCGAGACCAACUUCUCCAACGUCUAUCGCGAGAUGAUCAAGCGCGGCCAUCAGAUCGCCCUGCAUUCGGAUACGCAUCGGAAGAUGGAAGGCCUAGGCUCCACCGCAGAGAUCGACCGCGAGAUCGUCGAAAACAUCAAGUCUUUUCGCCAGAUACUGGGGAUCGAGACUCAUUACUUCCGUCCCCCCUUCGGCACCCUCGGCGCCCGCACCCGCCAACGCCUGGCCAACUACAUCACCGACCCCCAGAUCAUCACCUGGAGCGUCGACAUCGAGGACUGGCUGUGGGCCGACUCCAAGACCCCGGAGAAGCAACGCGAGGCCUUCUUCCGGGACGUCAGGCACGGAGGCAAUCUGGCCGUCAUGCACUUUUUGAGUUCCACGACCGUCAGCUACUUCCGGGAGGUGAUCCAGUUCGUCAAGAGCCAGAACAAGACCAUCAUGCGCAUCGACCAGUGUCUGGAAGACCCGAGGAGUCCCCCCCUGAAGUUUCCUAUCCAUUAA